AUGACUGUAACCCCUAAAGAAAUGUGUGAGUCAGCAGUUAAUCUUACCAAUAUCUUGGUUCAAGCUGUAGCCAAUGUCAUCUGCUCCAUCGUAUUUGGAAAUCGGUUUGAGUAUGAUAACCUAAAGUUUCUGAAGCUUCUCAAUCUAUUUAAUGAAACUUUUCUGCUGAUGAGCUCCACUUGGGGACAGCUGCAUGACAUGAUUCCAGAGGUAAUGGACCACGUACCUGGUCCUCAUCAGAGAAUAAACAAGCUCUUAGAUGAAUUGAAGGUGUUUAUCAAUGAAAGAGUGAAGGUCAAUCAGAAAUCAUUUGACCCCUCCAACCCUCGGGAUUUCAUUGACUGUUUUAUGAUUAGAAUGAACCAGAUUCAAGAAAAACUGCAUGAGGAGAUUGCUCACGUCAUUGGGGAUAAUCGAAGCCCAAAUAUUGAAGAUCGGAGCAAGAUGCCAUAUACUGAUGCCGUAAUUCAUGAAAUCCAAAGGUUUAGUGAUGUUCUACCUCUAAAUCUCCCCCAUUCCACAAUUAAAGACAUAACAUUUCAUGGAUAUACUAUUCCAAAGGGUACCGAUGUAUACCCCCUUCUGUACUGCGCUCUCAGAGAUCCGAAGUAUUUUCCAAAUCCAAAUAAGUUUAACACUGGUAAUUUCCUGGAUAAAGAUGGCAAAUUCAAAAAAGAGGACGCUUUUAUUCCAUUUUCAACAGGAAAAAGGAUCUGUGCUGGUGAAGGAUUGGCUAAAAUGGAGCUAUUUCUCGUCAUAACAACCAUCAUACAGAAUUUCAAGCUAACUACCAAGAUGCAUUUAACUGAUGCUGACGUCAGCCCGAAGAUGACUGGAUUUAGCAAUGUUGCGAUACCUUACGAGGUUUAA